AUGGUACAACUCGUUGUUUUCUCACAAGGAAAUUCCUCUAUUGGUAGUGCACCUGCCUGGGCGUAUGUUUCGCUCAGUUUAGCUCUUAUCGCGACUAUUUGCAUCGGAGUUCUGUUUAUGAUGGCUACUAAAUCUUCUCACGCUUCCCCAAAACUUGGGUUCAUCCUGGCCGCUGUGGCUAUGUUCAGCGCUAUGGGUUCUGGAUGCUCUCUUCUCCCAAUUAAAGCUAUCGCAACUGAUGGCACAGCUAAAUCGAAAGCGUCGAAUGGGAAACCUAGCAGCAAGAACAAAAACCCACCGAAAACUGAGGAAAGGACAAAAAGAGAAGAUCCUACAGCUGAAGAUUAUGCGAAACUCGACUUUGUGGAUAAGAUUCCGCCCAGUGCGUUCAUGCUUCUCAUAAAUGCUGUCCUAACAUUUUUGAUCCUUGGAAUGCUUUUAAUAAUGUUCCUCCUUAAAGUACGAUCCAGUGGUGGUUUUACUCAACCGAAGAAGCAACAAAGUAAUCGCGACAGUGACCGACCGAAAAGUGGACGUCGUUCCCCUGGUAAAGUGAAUGCACCACCACCGAGGGAAGAUUCUAGAAGACGUGAUGAAGAGGACAGAAGAAGAAAAGAGGAUUUGGAUAGAUCGAGAGAUCGUAGAAGAAAGGACGACAAGAGCCGAAGUCGUCAAGAUCGGGAUCGUGAUAGAGAAAGGGAUCGCAGUAGAAGAGAUGUCGAAAAAAGCAGAAGUCCGAGGAAGAGCCAGCAGAAGAGCGUAGAGAGAAGAGAAAAAACCCGAUCGGAUAAGGAUAGAGAUCGUUCUAGAAGCAGAAAGGAACGUGAAGACAGGAGCAGGAAAGAACGGGAGGAUCGUGAUCGCGAAAGAAGCAGGAAGGAGAGAGAAGAUAGGAGUCGGAAGGAACGAGAGGACAGAAGUCGGAAAGAAAGAGAAGACAAGAGCAGAAAAGAGCGAGAAGACCGCGACAGAAGCAGAAAAGAGCGAGAGGAUCGUGAUAGAAGUAGAAAGGAACGAGAAGAUCGUGAUAGAAGCCGGAAAGAUAGAGAGGAUCGAGACAGGAGCCGGAAGGACAGAGAGGAUCGUAGUAGAAAGGAAAGAGAGGAUCGUGACAGAGACAGAAGUCGUAGAGAUCGGGACGAUCGUAGUGAUGAUAGAAAAAGGAACAAGAGUCGUGAUGAUCGUGAAAGAGGAAGUCGUCAGGACCGUCCAAAGAGUAGACAAGACAGAGUCCGCAGUAGUGAAGAUCGUCCAAAGAGCAGACAUGAUAGAUCCCGUAGCAUUGAAGACCGCCCGAGAAGCAAAAGCAGACAUUGA